AUGUUUGUCUUAAUUGUUUUCUUCUGGUACAGGAUGAUGCAACAAACUGGUGGCGGAGGAAAGAUGAGUUCUUUCGGCAAGAGUAAGGCAAAAUUAAUUAACAAAGAAGAUGGCAAAAAUUUAGUUAAGUUUAAGGAUGUUGCAGGCUUAGAAGAAGAAAAGGAAGAACUGGAAGAAAUUGUUGACUUCUUAAGAGAUCCUAAGAAAUUUAUAGAUAUGGGAGCCAGAAUACCUAAGGGAGUCCUAUUAGUAGGUCCUCCAGGAACUGGUAAAACUUAUCUUUCAAAGGCUGUUGCUGGCGAAGCAGGAGUUCCUUUCUUUAUAAUGAGUGGAUCUGACUUCGUAGAAAUGUUUGUUGGUGUUGGUGCAUCAAGAGUAAGAGACCUUUUUGAAUCUGCAAAGAAAAAUGCGCCUUGUAUAAUUUUUAUUGACGAAAUUGACGCAGUGGGAAGAAAAAGAGGGACGGGUCUUGGCGGAGGCCAUGAUGAAAGAGAACAAACUCUUAAUCAACUUCUUGUUGAGAUGGACGGUUUUGGAACUAACGAAGGUGUUAUAGUUAUGGCUGCAACAAAUAGGGCAGACAUACUUGACCCAGCAAUCCUAAGACCAGGUAGAUUUGACAGGACAGUUUAUGUUGGCAAGCCGGACGUUCGUGCAAGAAAGGCAAUACUCAAAAUUCAUUCUAGGGACAAGAAGCUUGCUGAUGACGUAAAUCUUGAAGUAAUUGCAAAGAGAACAUCAGGCUUUACUCCAGCAGAUCUUGAAAAUCUAAUGAAUGAAUCAGCCCUACUUGCUGCAAGACGUGGCGAAAAUGCAAUCUCGAUGGAAGAUGUUGAUGAAGCAUCAAUAAAGGUCCAAGCAGGUCCUGCAAAGAAGUCUCGUGUUGUUUCAGAGAAGGAAAGAAAGCUAACAGCAGUUCACGAAUCUGGUCACGCAAUUGUAUCAAGACUUCUUCCAGAAGAAGAUUCAGUUCACAUGAUUACAAUUAUUCCAAGGGGAAUGGCUGGUGGUUUUACUGCGUACCUACCUGAAGACGAUGUUUCUUUUAUGACAAAGAGGAAGAUGGAAGCUUCCAUUGUAUCUCUUCUUGGAGGAAGAGUUGCCGAGUCCCUUGUCCUUGAUGAUAUUUCAACUGGUGCAUCAAACGACAUUGAGAGGGCUACAAAAAUUGCUCGUGCUAUGGUAACCCACUAUGGAAUGAGUGAAAAGCUUGGAACAAUUAAUUAUGAUUCAUCAGAAAAUGAAGUUUUUAUAGGAAGGGAUCUGGGACGUUCAAGAGAUUAUUCUGAAAGAACUGCAGCAGAAAUUGAUGAUGAAGUUACAAGAAUUAUAAACGAGGCUUAUACAAAGUGUAAGAAACUUUUAAGUGAUAACUUAGACAAGUUGCUUGCAUUAUCAGAUGCCCUUCUAGAAAAGGAAACAAUUUACUCCAAGGACUUUGAAAAAAUUUUUAAUGGCGAAAAGCUUGAUGAAGAAUCAAUUGACCUUGAUGACACGAUAAAUGAAGAUGACUUAUCCGAUGAAGCGAAAGAACUCAUCCACAAGAAUGAUAAGAAGGAUGAAGUGAAUAAGGAAGAUUCAGAAGAUAGUGAAAGUUUAUAA